UUCUGUCAACACACAGUCAGCUGAUCUUGUCAGGUGACAAUAAUUAAAUAAAAAAAGUUCUCAUUUAAAAACAGCUAAAAAUGGCUCUUCACAGUGCAGUUAAAGGAAAAUUGAUUUCUGUUAUUGGCGACGAGGACACCUGUGUUGGAUUUUUACUGGGCGGUGUGGGUGAAAUGAACAAAAACAGGCACCCCAAUUUUAUGGUUGUGGAUAAGAACACUGCAAUCAGUGAAAUAGAGGACUGUUUCAAACGUUUCCUGAAACGAGAUGAUAUCGAUAUCAUUUUGAUCAACCAGAACAUCGCCGAAAUCAUAAGACAUGUAGUUGAUAGUCACAGCAGCCCACUGCCUGCAAUCUUGGAAAUACCUUCUAAAGAUCAUCCAUAUGAUUCGGCAAAGGACUCAAUAUUGAGACGAGCCAGGGGCAUGUUCAAUCCAGAUGAUAUGGCUUAGAUUAAACUGUCCAUAAACACGAGCUUCAUGGAUUCAAAGUAUUGUUAUAGUGUAAAUAGUCUACAUUCCUGGUUUAAAAACAGUUCGUUUUUGAUUAUUUAAAUGUAUUCAAUUGGUGAGAAAUUCAUCUUUACAAGUAUUACAGAAAUAAAUUCUAGACGAUU